AUGACGGCCACGCCAGAGAUGGCGGAGUACUGCCUCCGCGUCAUUGCACAGCAGAUCAGUGCCCCCGAUGGCCCAUCGGUGCCACUGCCAGCCAUCCCAAAGGAGGACGCGGCGUGCUUCGUGACACUCACGACACUGCCCCAGGACCGGCUGCGCGGCUGCAUCGGAUCCCUUCGGCCAGGGAACCUAAAGAAAGACAUGCGCCGACUCGCACUUGCCGCCGCCUUCCAGGACUCACGCUUUCCCAAGGUAAAGGAGGAGGAGCUGCCGACGCUGCGGUGCUGCUUCAGUCUGCUGCACACCUUUGAGCCAUGUUCUGCCUGGAAUGAUUGGGAAAUCGGCAACCAUGGCCUCAUCGCCGAUUACGACGGCUACAGCGCCACAUACUUGCCCUCGGUGGCAGAGGAGCAAGGAUGGGACCACAGAGAAACCCUCGUGAGCCUGCUGGAGAAGGCGGGCUUUGAGGAGCCGGUGACGGACCAUGUGCUGGGGAAGGUACGCCUGACCCGGUAUCAGGUCAAUAAAGCCUUUAAGGACUACAAGGAUAUUGUCGCUUCCUGA